CCUCCUGCCCCGGCGGCGCAUGCGCACCCGGAGCGGCCGCGACCUGCCCGGCGGAGCCCGCCGUGUCCCUCGGCCGUGUCCCCGUGUCCCUCCAUCCUCGCCAUGCUCACCUGUGCCAGGUUCAUCUCGGCUCCUGCUCUUGUGAGGAGGAGCCCGCGGGCUCUGCUGGGCCAGUCCCUGCCGGCGCUGAGCGGCACCGAGGCGUGGCCGGAGCAGGUGCGGCCGGGCGCCCCCCGGGCCCUGCGGACGGGCGCUGCCCUCCGGGACAUCGACACGGCCGCCAAGUUCAUCGGGGCCGGCGCUGCCACCGUGGGGGUGGCGGGGUCAGGGGCGGGGAUCGGCACCGUCUUCGGGAGCCUCAUCAUCGGCUACGCCAGGAACCCGUCCCUGAAGCAGCAGCUCUUCUCCUACGCCAUCCUGGGCUUCGCCCUGUCCGAGGCCAUGGGGCUCUUCUGCCUCAUGGUGGCCUUCCUCAUCCUCUUCGCCAUGUGACAGCGAGGAGCCAGAGUGGGGACAGACGGGAAUAAAGACGGUUCGGUGACAGUCUGA